CCCCAUCACCACCUUCACCCACGUUGUCGACCACCAAAUCGCCAACAUACCCCUUUUUUUUUAUUUAAACCUUAAUCGUCAUGCGUCCUCCCUGUGGUCACCUCCUCUCACCUUGCCAACCAUCGCGGCUGGCUCGCACAAACCCGACGACCACUGUGAGUUGACCCUAGCCUCCAUGGUCUCAUCCUCCUCGCACCGUGCUCACCCCACAUCUAUCCAUUUCUCCUUCACCAAACCACCCACUGAUGUUUGG